UAGCAUUUAAGGAGCUGAAAUAAGAGGAAGCAGCAGAAAUCUGCAGAAUAAAAGUAAGAGAAGCAGCAUAGAUUCAUAGAGACUUUGCCUCGUCCAGAAGGAAAUUCCUUUUUCAGACAUAUGCUUUUAUUAUCAUAGCCAUGAAUUUGUUGAGUGUUUGGUUCACGGUUUGCGGCGUUCUGACGAUGAGCCAAGCUGCACCAAUAAACUCGACAAUCACUGGGAGCAAAGGGGGUCUCUGCGACUACAAGCGCCUUCACUGCAUCGUUUUACCCGGAGCGUUCUGCCCACAGUGCGACGCUGACGGGAACUUCCUCCCUCAGCAGUGCUCUGGCUCCACCGGAUACUGCUGGUGUGUCAAUGUGCUCACUGGAGAGGAGAUCCCAAACACAAAGACCCCGCCUGGGGUCAGGCCUGUUAGCUGUGCUCAGUACAUCUACUGCCCGUAUGGCUGGAGCAGCUUCGGCUAUCGGUGUUUUCUCUUCAUCGACACCCCAAAGACAUGGACCGAGGCUGAGUUUUACUGUCAGUUUGAAGGAGCCAACCUGGCGUCGGUUCACAGUGACGAGGAGAACCACUUCAUCCAAUCUUUGACCAGAGGAGACACACACAGCUUCCCACAAACCUGGAUCGGAGGCAGCGAUGCCAUACAGCUUAAUUUGUGGAUGUGGUCUGAUGGCUCCAAGUUCCACUACAAGAACUGGUUUAACGACAACCACGAAAAGAAGGACGCACGCUGCCUGAAGAUGAACUAUUACUAUAACCUGAAGUGGUCCGCCGCAGCCUGUAACCAAACUCUGCCUUUUGUUUGUGCAAAAGAAAACUGAGCUCAUCUUUAUGAAAAGAAAAAAAAGAAACAAUUGAGAAAAAACUCAGCCCAUGUUACUAUAGAGCAUAUGUCCUGCUGAUGGCUGUCUCUCUCUGAUCAUUAGUUUUUAUUUCUUUACCAUAUUUUGAUGUUUUUUAUCCUUGCAUUCUUUAACCCCUUUAAGCCUGGAGGGUUUCAGGAACAACUUCUGCAUGAAAUUCCCCAUCUGAAAUAAAUCAAGCGUAACUCCAAA